AUGACUUGAACCCAUGAUCACCGGGUCACACGGCAGCAACUUACUGAUUGCGCUAAGGCUUCCCUCCAUUUCUCUUGCCUUUGUUACUCAUCAAUUAUGUUUUCUUCUUCUCCUUUUCCAGUUAACUACUCGUUCUUGGUAUUUUCUUUUACUUUUUCCCUAUACAUUUCCCAAUUACCAAAGAUCCAUUUACUUCUUGCAGAGAAGCUUCUCCGAUUGGUUUUUGUCUAAAGGUGGUGCACGCAUGAGUAUCCAGAGAAUGUGGGAUCCGGUUGCUUAUGCCUUAGGUUUCAUUGACUGUGAUAACAUCAGUGCUCGUUGUAUGCUCACUAUUUUCUCACUGUUUGCCACUAAGACCGACGCUUCCCUUCUGCGUAUGCUGAAGGGUUCUCCGGAUGUUGACUUGAGUGGCCCCAUCAGAAACUAUAUAACAGAAAGAGCAAACAGGUUCCAUAUGAGGUGGGGAUGCAGAGAGGUACUUUACGAUAAAUCCGCCGAUGGAGAGACAUAUGUCACAGGGCUUGCCAUGUCUAGAGCUACUAACAAGAAACUUGUAAAAGCUGAUGCUUACGUUGCUGCAUGUGGUGUCCCUGGAAUAAAGAGGAUACUUCCAUUCCAGUGGAGGGAAUCACAGUUUUUUAAUAACAUUUACCAGCUCGUAGGAGUACCAGCUGUGACUGUGCAACUUAGAUACAAUGGCUGGGUCACUGAGUUACAGGAUCUGGAGCAGUCAAGGCAAUUGAGGCUAGCUAUAGGCCUUGAUAAUCUUCUGUAUACGCCGGAUGCGGAUUUCUCCUGCUUUGCAGACCUAGCCCUUACUUCUCCUGAAGAUGACUACAUUGAGGGACAAGGUUCAUUGCUCCAAUAUGUCUUGACACCAGGUGACCCUUACAUGCCAUUGCCAAACAAUGAAAUCAUAAAAAGAGUAGCAAAGCACGUUUUGGCUCUAUUCCCAUCAUCCCGAGGUUUAGAAGUUACUUGGUCAUCUGUUGUCAAAAUCGGGCAAUCUCUAUACCGUGAAGGACCUGGUAAAGAUCCAUUCAGACCUGAUCAGAAGACACCCAUAAAGAACUUCUUUCUUGCUGGAUCUUACACAAAGCUGGAUUAUAUAGAUAGUACGGAAGGAGCAACUUUGUCCGGCAGGCAAGCAUCAGCCUACAUAGGUGAUGCCGGGGAGGAUUUGGUGGCGCUGCGGAAGAAGCUUGCUGCGAUUGGAUAUCAGGAACAGAUGGAAACUUCAAGUGCUCCUGAUGAGUCAAGUCUUGUAUAA